GUGGUUCCAGAGGGCACCUCAAUAAAUGGCAGAGGCCCAGUCCAGAUGGCAGAGGAGGAUGGCGAGGAGGGUCACAUACCUCACACACACCUUCCCCACGCCCACACUCUCACCCCAAUCCUAGAUGGCCGACCAGCAGCACUUAUAAAGAGAGAGCCUGGCCUGGAGGACACCCACGAUGCACUUCUUCUACAACACCACUACUCUUCAUCUGGGACUUUUCACAAUGGUGCUGACGAAAACCUGUCUAAAACCAACGGUGCUCCAGUUUCACCAGAGUCCCAAAAGGCUACAAUACAAUUAGAGUCCCAAAGGACUACAAAAACCACGUACCCCAAAGGCAGCUCUGAGCCCAAUUAUGCAUUUCCGGACGAAACCAUUGCCGUUCCUCUGAAGAAGAUCAAGUUGGAGGAGCCGUGGGUGUGGUCCACGGACCAGUCCUCCACCCUAAUAGGGGGCAAUGAUGACGAUGUCUAUGAGGACGCUCUGUCCACACUAGCAGCCGUUGUGUGCUUCUCUAUCACAGACAGGAAGGGGCUGGAGGAGAAGCUGUGUAGCUCUCGUUCCCCGGUGCUACGCUCGUUCAAAACAGAGCCGGAGGACUUUAAGGUGGACCUUUGCCUGAAAAACACUCCCAUCAGUCCACGGAAGGCUCUUGACAUUAUUGUCAAACGAGAGCAACCCUCUCCAGAUCUCUCUCUGCCAAGCAUCCAGUCGUUGGUGCAGGAGAGGAAUAUUAGCAACGACCAAGCUAUCGCUAUCGAGGCGCUAACCUUACUGGCAUCUAUCCCCCAAAACCCCCCAGAACCCUUUAGAAUGGACGCACUUGGUCAAAAUCCCACCUCACCUUCCAUGCACUUAUCCAAUAGAAACACCCCUCUCCAGGACGUCAAACCCCCUACAGGGUUCCUCCCCAACAAAGUUCUAGUCAUCAGUUCCCCUCUGCACCAGACCUCAGUCAUACGCUCCCCUCUGCACCAGACCUCAGUCAUACGGUCCCCGGUGGCCAGACAGAGUCUUGUCAUCCAGUGUCAUCCCCGUAGUCCCGCCGCCACUGGCAAGCUGUCCCUACAGGACCUGCUAGAAGCCAGCUCGGACUGUGACAGACUUCCCUACGACAGCACUGAGAGAGCAGGACAACACCUGUACAGGAGAGCAGACCAAGACGUUGGUUCUCACCAUAACAGGUCCGAAGGCACUUUCAGAGAGCGGAAAGACAUGGAGUGGAAUAGUAAGGAAACAACAGAGAGGACGGUGGGUAAGAGCGGGAGGAACAGGGAUGAGGAAGAGGUGGCAGCUCAACUGGCCGAGUUGGCAUUCAUCAUCCAAUCACGUCACAAGCUGCAGGGUUUCCACCCCUCCCAGCACUCUGAGAACAACCCUCCCAGAGGAACUCCAGUCUCGGCGAUCAAGUACAACUACAACUCCCAGCAUGCAGCACCCAACAACAAGAAAAUCCCUGUGAAGAAACCAAGGACCACGCCUUCCAAACCUAGGAAGAAGAAGGGGAUGGAGGGGGUUGAAGAGGAGGGCUACAACCCCAACAACAAUACCCCCCUGUCCAAACGGACACCCAACGGCAACAGAGCCAGGGUCCAGAAGGUUCUUCCCCAGCCGAAGACAUCGUCGCUCAGCCACAAGAGGAGCCUGUUCCUGCCUCAGACUCAGAUGGAUCUGAAGAGAUACCUGGCUGAGGCUCAGGAGGAACGACGACAGCUCUUUUACUACAGCAACACCCACAGUGGGGUCAAAUACCACAAAACCUCUGGAGCCGUCGAUCGUGGUCAAUGUCAAGGUUAUGGUCAUGACAACCAACAGUGGUCACAUUUGAAUGGUCACCACAAUGGUCCUCUGAACGGUCACCUUGACCCUUUACAAGGACAAGGAGUUGGACAGGGACAUGAGUAUGAAAGACGAUUGUAUUCUCAGGUAUCGCAGCCCUACGUUGGGCAGCAGCACGGUGCUAACCUAAAGGCUAGCUCCACCAACACCAGUUUCACCAGUUUAGACUCUAACAACCACAGAACCGUGUUGAACCAUAGUUUACCCAACGGCUACUCCUCUGGGGGUCAACAGCAGGGGUAUUACAAGGUGGAGAGGUCUGGUCCGGUCACCAUCUUGUCCACAUCAGCUGACGGCGAUUUGGACCUAUCGGAGGAGUUGACGCCCACCAAACACAACGUAAACAGCUUCCUGGAAUCGCCCCUCAGAUUCCUGGACACGCCCACUAAGAACCUACUCAACACCCCCUCUAAGAAACUCUCUGAGAUCCCCUCCUGUGGGUGCAUGGGUGAGUCACCCUGAUGAUGAUGAUGAUGAUGGUAGUGGUGGUGAACAUAAUAAUGAUGAGGAUGAUGAUUAUGAAUAUGAUUUACUUUAUAUCCAUUGGGAAAUUAUGAUACAGCAUGCCACAUACAUUACUGGUUAACUGGUGCUGUAUUUGUCACAUCCAAGGACAUACAAUUUGCUUUUCGGAAAUAAGCUGAAGCUGCGUUCUAAAAAUGACUCUCUCUCCACAGAGCAAAUCAUAGAGAAGGAGGAGGGUCCGUACUACACUCAUCUUGGUGCUGGACCCAGUGUGUCAGCUGUCAGAGAGAUGAUGGAGAACAGGUAACAACAAAAACAAAACAAGCCAAACUGCAUCAAUUAUUUUAUUCCAUUCCAUUCCAUAACCAAGCUUGGGGGCCCAGCCAUUUUACUUUAUACAUUCAUAUUCCCAUUGGGACAGCAAACCUGUGAGGUGCUAAUCCACUUCUGUUUUCGUGACAAAUCUAUUGGCUGUAUAAUACUGCUAAGCUAAGAGUUGAUAUGAAAACAGGAGUGGCUCAAUGCCUCACAGGUUGGCUUACCAGUAGGCUUAUAGAGCUAGGCUAAUACAGUGGAAUACAUUUUGGAAUAAAAUUGAUCAAAUAAAAAAAAUCCCUCAGCAAUCUACACACAGUAUCCCAUAAUGACAAAGCGAAAACAGGUUUUUAGAAAUGUUUACAAAUGUAUUACAAAUAAAAAACAGAAAUACCUUAUUUACAUAAGUAUUGCUAUGAGAUUCGAAAUUGAGCUUAGGUGCAUCCUGUAUCCAUUGAUCAUCCUUGAGCUGUUUCUACAACUUGAUUGGACAUGAUUUGGAAAGGCACACACCUGUCUAUAUAAGGUCCCACCGUUGACAGUGCAUGUCAUAGCAAAAACCAAGCCAUGAGGUCGAAGGAAUUGAUCCGUAGAGCUCCGAGACAGCAUUGUGUCAAGGCACAGAUCUGGGGAAGGGUACAAACAUUUAUGCAGCAUUGAAGGUCCCCAAGAACACAGUGGCCUCCAUCAUUCUGAAAUGGAAGAAGUUUGAAACCACCAAGACUCUUCCUAGAGCUGGCCACCCAGCCAAACUGAGCAAUCAGGACAGAAGUACCUUGGUCAGGGAGGUGACCAAGAACCCAAUGGUCACUCUGACAUAGCUCCAGAGUUCCUCUGUGGAGAUGGGAGAACCUUCCAGAAGGACAACCAUCUCUGCAGCACUCCACCAAUCAGGCCUUAAUGGUAAAGUAGCCAGAGGGAAGCCACUCCUCAGUAAAAGGCACAUGACAGCCCGUUUGGAGUUUGCCAAAAGGCACCUAAAGAUUCUAAGACCAUGAGAAACAAGAUUCUCUGGUCUGAUGAAACAAAGAUUAAACUCUUUGGCCUGAAUGCCAAGCGUCACGUCUGGAAGAAACCUGGCACCAUCCCUACAGUGAAGCAUGGUGGUGGCAGCAUCAUGCUGUGGGGAUGUCUUUCAGCGGCAGGGACUGGGAGACUAGUCAGGAUCGAAGCAAAGAUGAACAGAGCAAAGUACAGAAAGAUCCUUGAUGAAAACCUGCUCCAGAGCGCUCAGGUCCUCAGACUGGGGCAAAGGUUCACCUUCCAACAGGACAACGACCCUAAGCAGACAGCCAAGACAACUCAGGAGUGGCUUCCGGACAAGUCUCUGAAUGUCCUUGAGUGGCCCAGCCAGAGCCCAGACUUGAACCCGAUCGAACAUCUCUGGAGAGACCUGAAAAUAGCUGUGCAGCAACGCUCCCCAUCCAACCUGACAGAGCUUGAGAGGAUCUGCAGAGAAGAAUGGGAGAAACUCCCCAAAUACAGGUGUGCCAAGCUUGUAGUGUCAUACCCAAGAAGACCCGAUGCUGUAAUCACUGCCAAAGGUGCUUAAACAAAGUACUGAGUAAAGGGUCUGAAUACUUAUGUAAAUGUGAUAUUUCCGUUUUUUUAUUUGUAAUAAAUUAGCAAACGUUUCUAAAAAUCUGUUUUUAAUUUUUUAUAAAUUAGCAAACCUGUUUUUGCUUUGUCAUUAUGGGGUAUUGUGUGUAGAUUGAUGAGGGGAAAAAACAAUUUAAUCAAUUUUAGAAUAAGGCUGUAACAUAAUGUGGAGAAGUCAAGGGGUCUGAAUACUUUCCGAAGGCACUGUAUGUACCACUACCAGACUCUAUGUAGCUGUAUAUAUUUCUAAAAGUCUGGUACAUACUCUUAUUAGCCUACUGUAUGUAUUACUGUAUGAACCAUAUGCCCUGCCAAAGGCCUGGUCUCCCAAAGGGCUCUUGGUGUUCAUGGAAUGAGGUGGGGCUUACAAUCAUAUUAUAGCUCAUAUAUUAUAGAGGCUGUCGUUGAAGGAAAGCAGCACCACGCUGGCAAAACACACACUUGUACACACACACAUACACACACACAUUCACACAUACAAAAAAACACACACACACACACACCCUGCGUGUUAGAACAGGAAACCCCUAGGGCCGAGUCAAGGGGCCCAUGAGGAGAAAUGACAGCCUCUACAACAACCACACUCUUACAGUCUCUCUGCUCUGUAGUCUCACUGCUGAAUGGCCUCAAUGCCUGGUUUUUAACUGUUUUUACAGUUAUUCCAAAAACUAUUGCUGCAUUUUGGCCACCUUGUAAUACCCCUGCUGUUGAUCCCCAGAGGAGUAGCCGUUGGGUAAACUAUGGUUCAGUCCCACUGUCCCAUUGUAUUUUGAUGAAGUUCUCAAAAUGUGAUGUGUUGUUGUAUUGGCAUUCAUUGCAAGAUUUUUGUGCUGGUGGUCGCAGAUAAGGGGAGCUUUAUAUGUCAUUGUUUAAAGGAUUGUGUUUGUGUUCUAAGAUGAGAAGUGUGAAAUGUCAUGAAGAUGUGAUGUACGUUAUCAGGGCCGUUUUAAGAAAUCAUAGGCCCCGGGGCUUUGUUCUUUUUCUCAAGAUGAGCUACUUUGAAAAACAAUGCUGCUGUUAGCUACAAAUUAGGAGUUGUUGAGAAAAAUAAUGUAUAUUGGCUACAGACAGAUUCAUCUUCUCUUUUCAGCAGUAGGCAUUUGCUUUCCAAACUGUAUGUUUUUCCCACGAUUGUAUUUUGAAAUCUGCAAAAGGAAACUGACAGCCGCAACCAAGCAUAUAAAUAUAAACCACAGAUGGCCGUUCCCAUUCAAGUCAGGACUGGCAUCCAUUGCUAGUGUACCCAUGACUUUAACAGUCAAGUUGCCAGGGUAAGGCGUUACAAAACCCUUCUAUGGAUUAUAUGUCGAUGGCCACAACGCAACAAGCUGUAGCCUAUAUUUGGCGCGCAUGCUGCCCAAACUGCGGCCUUCCCGACUGUAGGCAUACCGGUAACUGCCAAAAUAUAGGAAACACUUGAGUUAACAAGGGAUACAAACUAUAUGUUAUGGUGUGGGGUGCAUUUUUCUAGCAUGGUUUAGGUGCAUUUGCCAUGGCGCAUUGAAGCUGCAACACCCUUUUAAGACAAUUUAUGUUGUUGUUUCCUUUUUGGCAGAUACCUGUAUGUGCUUGUGAUAAAACUUAAUCCACAGUUCUUUUUUAUAAACUAUUGAUCCUCUGUGGCUAAAUUAUGCUCUCUGGUGUAUUUUUAACAUUGAGAGCGGGCUCCUGUGGUUGGAUAUACAAUUAUAAUAUGAAAAAAAUGAACAUAUACAUACAGUACCAGUCAAAGGUUUGGACACACCUACUCAUUCAAGGGUUUUUCUUAAUUUUUACUAUUUUUUAUAUUGUAGAAUAAUAGUGAAGACAUCAAAACUAUGAAAUAACACAUAUGGAAUCAUGUAGUAACCAAAAUAGUGUUAAACAAAUCAAAAUAUAUUUUAUAUUUGAGAUUCUUCAAAUAAACACCCUUUGCCUUGAUGACAGCUUUGCACACUCUUGGUAUUCUCUCAACCAUCUUCAUGAGGUAGUCACCUGAAAUGCAUUUCAAUUAACAGGUGUGCCUUGUUAAAAGUUAAUUUGUGGAAUUUCUUUCCUUCUUAAUGCGUUUGAGCCAAUCAGUUGUGUUGUGACAAGGUAGGGGGGUAUACAGAAGAUAGCCCUAUUUGGUAAAAGACCGAGUCCAUAUUAUGGCAAGAACAGCUCAAAUAAGCAAAGAGAAACAACAGUCCAUCAUUACUUAAGACAUGAAGGUCAGUCAAUACGGAACAUUUCAAGAACUUUGAAAGUUUCUUCAAGUGCAGUCGCAAAAACCAUCAAGCGCUAUUAUGAAACUGGCUCUCAUGAGGACCGCUACAGGAAUGGAAGACCCUGCUGCAGAGGAUAAGUUCAUUAGAGUUACCAGCCUCAGAAAUUGCAGCCCAAAUAAAUGCUUCACAGAGUUCAAGUAACAGACACAUCUCAACAUCAACUGUUCAGAGGAGACUGUGUGAAUCAGGCCUUCAUGGUCGAAUUGCUGCAAAGAAACCAUUACUAAAGGACACCAAUAAGAAGAAAAUACAUGCUUGGGCCAAGAAACAUGAGCAAUGGACAUUAGACCGAUGGAAAUGUGUCCUUUGGUCUGGAAUCCAAAUUGGAGAUUUUUGGUUCCAACCGCCGUGUCUUUGUGAGAUGCGGUGUGGGUGAAUGUAUGAUGGAGGUGUUAUGGUGUGGGGGUGCUUUGCUGGUGACACUGUCUGUGAUUUAUUUAGAAUUCAAGGCACACUUAACCAGCAUGGCUACAACAGCAUUCUGCAGCGAUACGCCAUCCCAUCUGGUUUGGGCUUAGUGGGGCUAUCAUUUGUUUUUCAACAGGACAAUGACCCAACACACCUCCAGGCUGUGUAAGGGCUAUUUUACCAAGAAGGAGAGUGAUGGAGUGCUGCAUCAGAUGACCUGGUCUCCACACUCCCCAGACCUCAACUCAAUUGAGAUGGUUUGGGAUGAGUCAGACCGCAGAGUGAAGGAAAAGCAAGUGCUCAGAAUAUGUGGGAACUCCUUCAAGACUGUUGGAAAAGCAUUCCAGGUGAAGCUGGUUGAGAGAAUGCCAAGAGUGUGCAAAGCUGUCAUCAAGGCAAAGGGUGGCUUUUUGAAGAAUCUCAAAUAUAAAAUAUAUUUGGAUUUGUUUAACACAUUUUUUGGUUACUACAUGAUUCCAUAUGUGUUAUUUCAUAGUUUUGAUGUCUUCACUAUUAUUAUACAAUGUAGAAAAUAGUAAAAAUAAAGAAAAACCCUUGAAGGAGUAGGUGUGUCCAAACUUUUGACUGGUACUGUAUAUAUAUAUUUUUUGUUUUGUUUUUUGACUCCUCUUGGGCCCCCCACGGGCCUGAGCCCAGUGGCUUCAUCCCCGGUAUGCCCCUGCAAUAAUCUGUCUCUGUAUGUUAUUGCUGUGUAUGUUCAAAGGUAUGGAGAGAAAGGGAAGGCAGUAAGGAUGGAGGUGGUGGUGUACACUGGGAAAGAAGGACGCAGUUCCCAGGGUUGUCCCAUCGCCAAGUGGGUAAGUACCUCCUGUGUGUGUGUGUGUGUGUGUGUAUGCGUGCCAGCGUGCCUGUGUGUACACUGCUGCGUCUGAAUGUGUAUGGGUGCGUAUAUGGCUGUGUGUGUGUGUGUGUAUACAUAUCUGCAUGUCUGUGUAGUAAACCUUCUCUCUCCCCCCAGGUGAUCCGUCGGGGCAGUGAGGAGGAGAAGCUGCUGUGUCUGGUGAGACACCGAGCAGGGCACCACUGUGAGAGUGCCGUGGUGGUGAUCCUCAUCCUGGCAUGGGAGGGCAUCCCCCGGGGGGUGGCAGACAGUCUGUACCAGGAGCUCACCCAGACCCUCUGUAAAUACGGCUCCCCGACCAGCCGACGCUGCGCCCUCAACGAGGAGUAAGUUACUGAAACAACAGACCUAUGCGUAUUAUUCAAUAACAGGCUUACACAUACAAAUGUACAUUCAUACAACAAAGAACAAAGAAUCUCAUCCCCAUAUUGUUAUUUACAUUGUUAUUUAUUUUUGCUCAUUUGCACCCCAGUAUCUCUAUUUGCACAUCAUCUUCUGCACAUCUAUAACUCCAGUGUUAAUACUAAAUUGUAAUUAUAAUUAUUUUGCAUUAUGGCCUUACCUCCAUAACUUACUACAUUUGCACACACUGUAUAUAGAUUUUCUAUUGUGUUAUUGACUGUAUGUUUUGUUUAUUCCAUAUGUAACUAUGUGUUGUUGUUGUUGUUUUUACCUGGUUAAAUAAAGGUUAAAUUAAAAAAUAAAAAAUAAAAAUAAAGAAUGUAUAUAACAAAGGAGUGAAUUCUUUCCUUUCUAGCAUUUAGUGACCUGACUCUCUCCCUCUCUCUCUUCAGUUGCCAGGAUCUAAACGGAUUGUCUCACCUCUUCUUCCCCCUCUCCCCAUCUCUCUCCCUCUUUCUGUCUCUCCAGUCGGACGUGUGCGUGCCAGGGUUUGGACCCGGACACUUGUGGCGCCUCGUUCUCUUUCGGCUGCUCCUGGAGUAUGUACUUCAACGGCUGCAAGUUCGCCCGCAGCAAGAUCCCCCGCAAGUACCGCCUGCUGGGAGACAUGCCCCAGGAGGUGAGGACCAGGACAUUCCAGUCAAACUGUGUCAAACUCUACUCCUCUAGGGCCGGCCACAGUGUCAGCAGGUCUUCAUUCCUCCCUUGCACUUAUUUGCUCAAUUAAGGUCAUUGAUUAGCUAGGGAGGCCACAUACCUGGUUUUCCUGGUCAAAAUCAGAACUAGCUUAAGGGAAAGAGCGAAAAACCAGCAGCCACUUUGGCGUUCCUGAAAUUGAGUCUGACACCCCUGACUUAGAUUUUAGAGCCUGGUCUGAAAAGAACCCUAGCCACUUCCCUGUAUGCCUAGGCCCUAGCUCUUUACUUUGCUAAUCUAAGCCUUGUUAUAGCUUUACAAACAAUGGUUUAGAAUCGAUAUUCCUCUGUGAAUAGUCUUCUUGGCAUGUUAAAAUGGCUAAUAGACACCACCUAGUGGCCUCAGGUGGGUACGACAGUCAAAGCCUGACAGAGGAUAGUGGCUGAAACAUUACUGGGAUUCUCUGAAACACUCCCAGAUUCUCCAGGGGCCUCUCCUUUAUUUUCUAACACCUUUUCCCUCAUCUGUUCCUGUCCCUUUUUGUCCCACUCUUCCACUGAUCUGUGGUUGUCUGUCUGUGUGCUGUUCAGGAGGAGAAGCUGGAGAAUCGUCUGCAGAACCUGGCUACAGACCUGGGUCCUGUCUACCAGAGACUGGCCCCAGAGGCUUUCCAAAACCAGGUGGAUCAGGAGCAGGCGGGCCGGGACUGCAGGCUGGGUCGGAGGGCGGGCCGACCUUUCUCCGGGGUCACGGCAUGUGUGGAUUUCUGCGCCCACGCUCACAAAGACACACAGAACAUGAACAAUGGCAGCACUGUGGUAUGCUGCUUACAUGACUGUUUGUCAAUGGACACACACACAGGUGCACACACAUUCGCUGUCAAACACACAGAGACAUAGGCACAGAUACAUACUGUACGCACGCUCGCUCAAUCGCGCGCACACACUCACACACACACUCACUGUCACACAUAGGGAGAAACACAGACACAGAUACUUACACACUCGCUUCUGAUUGCGUGCCAGUAUAUUAAUGGACAUUGAUAGCUUGUGGUUGUGUAUUGUGCGUUAAUGGACCUAUAUUUUUUGGGGGGUGGGGGGGGGAUAGAUCAGCUUUAAUACUGCAGAGAGUUGUAGCUUCCAUCAAUGUAAUUGUCUGCAUCAUUUCCAAUCCCCCAUAUAUUUUUUUGUAAAUAUAUAUAUAUAUACAUAUAUUUUUUAAAUAUAUUAAUGAACAUAUCUUAGACAAAUGUCAAUAUCAAAUCAUAAACAUGUUUCUAAAGUUGAAACAAAAAUCAAUAUCAGCUAUCAUGCCCUUUUUGGUCACCUGUUUUCACUUCAACCUAGAUAGGCAUUUUAUCCUGGAAACUGCCAGAUACUGUGUUAGUCUUUUCCAUUUAUGUAAAAUGUCUCACCCUCCUGCAGGUUUGCACUUUAACCAAGGAGGACAACCGUGCGGUGCGUAACGUCCCUGAGGACGAACAGCUCCACGUCUUGCCUCUCUAUAAGAUCUCACAGAGGGAUGAGUUUGCCAGUGCCGAUGGCCAGUGGGCCAAGAUCCAGACUGGGGCCCUGCAGGUGCUUUCAGCCUUCCCCAGAGAGGUAUGUUCCUAUGCUCCAGGGUGAAGUCUCCCCUGGGUAAAGAUCUAGGAGCAGCUUCUUCUCCCCCAGUUCUAACCUUAUUAGUGGGGAAAAUGUGAAACUGACCCAAGAGAUCAGCAUCUAGGGGCAACUUCACCCUAAAUCUGUUCGUACCCCCUGUAGCGUCCAGGAGAACCAAGAGGCUAUGAGACAGGGUGACCAACCCUCCUCCUAUAGAGUUACUGGGUGUGCAGGCUUUUGUUCAGCCCUGCUCUACCACACAUGAUUCUACUAAUCAACCUGCACAUUCAGUUGCUCUCCAGGAGGAGGGUUGGUCACCCUUGCGCCCUUUGGGAUUGAAAUGAGUUGGUGUCUGUCAAGGCCAUGUCAAUAGGAGAGUUUUGGGUUUGAUUCUUGCAUGAGUCACAUUUUUAUGUUUACUUCAAGACACUUGAUAAAAGCAUCUACUAAAAGCUUUUCCUUAAUGACCAUGUUUAUAUCCUCACCAGGUGCGUCUGCUGGCUGAGCCGGUGAAAUCAGCCCGUAAGAGGAAGCAGGAGGCCAAGCUGAAGGCCCAGGCUGACAAACAAGCUGCAGCUCAGGACAGAAAGCCUAGACAGAGUCCACUAACCCCGGGCAAGGUCAAGACAGAGACUGCCAACAAAGGUAGAGAUCUCUGGUUGAUUGAUUGGUUGGUUGGUUGGUUGGUUGGUUGAAUGAAUGAUUAGUCAGUUAGUUGGUAGGUUCAUUGAUUUAUCAAUUGAUUGAUGGAUGGGUGAUUGAGUGGGUGGGUGGAUGGAUGGGGUGGGUCGAUUAAUUUAUUAAUUGGUUGAUUGUUGGUACAAAACCAUGUUGUCUGCAUUUCUCUUACAAGAAAAAGCUUGAGAAAUGUGUUAUGUAAAUACUCAUCAUUAAUCCCAGUUUGUAUGUUUAACCUGACAGGUUUCAAAAGCACUUCUUCAGUGGAUCAGUCCCCCUUGUUCAAAAGAGAGCCUCAGUCCUUCUACAGCUCUUACAGACCAGAAAGUGUGGGUGCCUAUGUACCAGACUCUAACUCCCCUAGCACUUACAACCACAGCACCCCCACCUACCCCACUCCUCCUGGAAGAUCCACACCAGGGAUGGAGGCUCUUUCCCCCCAUCGCCCCGACCUGCCUGCCCCCCAGUACAGAGGGCCACCAGGGGCCCAGAGCAAUGGUUCCCCAUUCCAUUACAAGGAAAUGGAAGAGGCUGUGAAUGGUUACUCCCCAGGACUCAGCAGAAAGCAGCUGGUGGACCCUGAGGGAUGUAGGACCCCCCCAGGGGUCCCCCAGGGUGGUGACUACCCCCCCAGGAUUUUUAAAACGGAGCCCAACAAGGUGCACUGCUCCCCUCUCCUCAGACCCCCUCACAGCCACAGCACUCCUCCCUCCUCCUCCACCCACUCCCACCCAGAGGGCCUCCACAGCAGACUCAAUGGGCUCCUCAGGGCGGAGGGGGAGGUGGGAGUCAGGGACGGGGUAAGAGGUCAUGUUAUUCCUCACGGUGCCCCCCAUCCCCCUCAUCAGGCCGCUCCCCCUCUCUUCCCCAACCCGAAAGAGGUCAAACAGGAACAGGAAGAGGUGUGGUCGGACAGCGAGCACAACUUCCUGGACAGUGACAUCGGCGGGGUGGCGGUGGCUCCCUCCCACGGUUCCAUCCUGAUCGAGUGCGCCCGCCGAGAGCUCCAUGCCACCACCCCCAUCCUCCGGCCCGACCGCAGCCACCCCACCCGCAUCUCCCUGGUCUUUUACCAGCACAAAUCCCUCAACGAGCCCGACCACGGCCUGCACAUGUGGGAGGCCAAGAUGGCCCGGAGAGAGCGGGAGAGAGAGGAGGAGGCUGAGAGGCUGCGGAUGGGCCUGGACCUGGAAGAGGUCAGCCAAGACAAGAGGAAGAGGGGGAAGGGGGCCGGGGGAGAGAGUAUGGAGCCUGAGGAGGAGGUAGAGGAGGAGGGCCCGGAGGAGAAGAAGGGGGUGUUGAAGGUUCCUACCCGGAAGGCGGUGACUGUCCCGCGGGAUGGG